CAACAAUGGAAUCCUAAGAUCUCUGAUUUUGGUCUUUUUAAGCUUCAAAGUUCUAAUUCUAGUCACUCUAUGAGGUAAACAUUGGGGGUCAGAUUAUUAAAUCUUCAUGAAUUAAUUUGAAAUUGUAUUCAAUUUCCCAUUAACUGCUAAUUAUUUUAAAAUUGAUUUUUCUUAUAUUAAUGUGGUCCACUAGUAACUUCACUGAGAGUAAUGACAUUUAUGAUUUCGGAAUACUUAUAAUGGAGAUUAUAUCAGGAAGGAUUCCAUUUCCAUCACAUCACAGUCAACCACAGGCCUAUAUAGUGGACUGGUUCAAGUCAAUGAUUUCCAGUGGCAAGAUUUCGGACUUGGUUGAUCCGAAAUUGCCCAAAAAGCCUUCUUCCAUAGUUCUAAAGCGAAUUAUUUUGCUUGCUCUAUGGUGUGUAGAUCUUGACAUGAAUCCAAAACUCAAAAUGGAAGAUGUUGUUCAAAUGCUUGAGUCCAACCAACUUCUUUUCUAUAAGGAACACCACAUUGCCAUGGAUUCUUUUGAGCAAAAUUUCACUCCAUAAAGCCACAAGAUUUGAGGAUACUUAUUCAAGUGAGAAAUAGAAGGCUAAGCAGCAGCAACCACUAGUAGAAAAUGGCAUGAAAAUCACUGUAUUUUUUCAAUGUUUUCAAAUGAUUCUCAAUUUACUUCAGUUUAAGUCCAU